AUGGAUAUAAUCCAUAAACUACGCAAGAAAGUUAAGAAAACUCAAGAUACGAUCUUGCCCGCUACCACGCCCAGUCCAUCUACGAGCCUAGUCAAAGCUAGUACGGAACCGUCUGCUGCUGAACAAGAUGGACCUGUGAUCACUACAACACAGCCGUUGAAGAUACAAUCUGUGGACGAUGAACAAUCUCCGGGCUCGAACCAUCCAAUGCGACGAUCCAAAAUGGACAGAUGGCUCGCUCGUGUAGCUCUUAUGCUCAGCUUGACAAAAAGUGUUGCAGAUGCUGCCGAUUUUGCACCAUUGAAGGGUGCCUGCGAAGCUGUUAUCACAAUUUUGGAUUCCGUUCAGGCUAUCAAAGACAAUCAAUACGCCUGGUCAGAGCUCCUGCAGACCAUUAAAGAGCACACGAGGACGUUUCAACGACAACUAGAUCAGCUAGGUAUCAAAGAUGUACUCGAAGAGUGCGAGGAAUCUAUCAAGGAUCCACUUACAAACUACUCCAUUACCCUCAAAGAGUUGAUGGGAGAUAUGCGCACUACAAAGCUGGAGGCGGACACGAUCAACGGAUACAGGCAACGCCUAACGGACGCAAGGAACGAGUUGAUGCAUGCUCUGAUGCUCUAUGUCACCGUGUCUGUUAGAGCUACGGCGGAGAGGGACAUAUUGAAGGAACUCCAAUCCAAACAACGCCAACGUCCGCAGGAAUGCCAGUCGGGUACACGUGCGGAAAUAUUGGCUGAAUGCGAAGCCUGGUUCAAAAACCCAGACUCUCCGAACGUCCUCUGGAUCAAAGCUGCACCAGGAGCGGGCAAGUCGACCAUUGCCUCUACCUUGGUGACUACACUCGGCAUCAAAAAGACGCGUCUAGGAUCGAGCUUCUUCUUCCGUCGACAAGAGACCGCAACUACGACUGCUAGCGCACUGUGGCAGGGGAUUGCGUACGACCUUGCGCGACAUCCUACCAUUCGCAAAUACCUCGCGGAUAAGAUGAGGAACGAGGAGAUUGACUUGACGACACCGAAUAUCGAGAUUCUUUUUCAGCAAUUGAUUGAAAUGCCGUUGUCUACAAUCAGCAACCUCUCGCAGGAACAAUCACCCCUGAUCAUCAUUGAUGCAUUGGACGAGUAUGGUGGACUGCUCGGCGCGCGAUCAACUGAAUUUCGACAACUUCUGCAAACCUUCGCCACCUGGUCUCGUCUUCCAACCAACUGUAAGUUGAUCGUAACCAGUCGCGAGGAGGACGACAUAGCGAGAAUGUUUGCUCUCAACCCUCCGCAUACUAUCGACCUGCUCGCUACACAGGAGACAGUCAGCCAGUCCAAACGAGACAUUCAAGCACUCCUGACUGAGGAGCUUAGGAAGAUUGCCACAAGGUUCACCAUAGGAUCCAUCGAAUGGCCUCAAACAACGACUAUCGAAGCCUUGGCGAUCAAGGCCAAUGGGCUAUUUAUCUGGGCCUCGACGGUGAUAGAGUAUCUCCGUGCUGGUAAUCCGAGGGAACUUUUAGAGGAUAUCUUAAAGGAGGAUCAUGUUACAGGCAUGAACGCACUCUACACUACGGUCCUCCAAACUGCGUUUCUAAAUCCAAAGCCAACUCUCCUGGAGGAUAUGAGAACUAUUCUGGGCGUACUUGCUGUCGCUAAAGAGACUCUAGACAUGAAAACCUUAACGGAUCUCCUCGUAAUGGAUCCUUGGACGGUCGAAUACAUAUGCAGUGCGCUACGGCCGGUGCUGGAAUUUGACGGGGGACUUCGGUUCCGCCACCAGUCCUUUGUGGACUUUUUUUUAAAUCCAAAUGCGACAUAUUUGGUCCCUGGAAUCACGACAGACACCUCCCACCGGAUUCUUGCAGACCAAUGUCUACGGAUCAUGAAGGAGAGGCUACGAUUCAAUAUCUGCGAGAUCUCAUCAUCCUAUUUACUCAAUCGGGAUGUUUUGAAUGGACUCUCAUCUAUCGAGACGUACAUUCCCCGCCAUUUACAGUAUGCGUCGCGCUACUGGGCGGAUCAUCUACAUUACACUCUCCCAAGUGAGAAAACGCUGCGCCUCAUUCAAUAUGUUUUCAAGCUUCACUUCCUUUCGUGGCUUGAAGUCGCAAGCCUAAGUUUUGUGGACGAGGUGAAUGGUAGCCUCGAUCUGGUAUCACUUGCAGAGGACAUGCGCCAGUUCACCGUACACUUUAUCGAGGUGAUCCAAAGCGUCCCCGGUAUCUACCUCUCGGCUUUACCGUUGUCUCCUCCACGAUCCGAGGUGGAUAUCAACGGUCACCACACUCGUUUCAUGCUUCGCGGCCAUACUAGUGCUGUGGGUGCCGUCGCAUUUUCGCCGGCUGGCCACCGAGUCGUCUCUGGAUCUGAUGAUGAGACGCUGCGUCUGUGGGAUGACACAGGCGCACAGAUGGUCGCAGCAUCGUCUCCGUCCUAUGACAGAACAAUACGUCUAUGGGAUGUAGAUACAGCGCAAAUUGGAAUGCCACUCGAAGGACAUGCAGAUUGGGUUAUAUCGGUCGCAUUCUCGCCAGACGGCCAACGCGUUGUUUCUGGAUCUCGUGACAAGACAAUACGUCUAUGGAAUGCAGAAACGGGUGCACAGAUUGGAGGUCCACUCGAGGGCCACGUGGGCUCCGUCAACUCAGUCGCAUUUGCGCCGGCUGGUCACCGAAUCGCCUCCGGAUCCGAUGAUAGAACGAUGCGUCUGUGGGAUGGGGAGACAGGCGCGCAAAUUGGAUUGGCAUUUGGAGGGCACACAGGCUGGGUUAUGGCGCUCGCAUUCGAGCCAGAGGGCCACCAUAUCGUUUCUGGAUCUAGUGAUCAAACGGUGCGUUUGUGGAAUGUAGAAAUGGGUGCACAGAUUGGAUCCCCGCUCGAAGGCCACACAAGUAGCGUCACGUCGGUCGCAUUCUCCCCAGACGGCCGCUUGGUCGUGUCUGGAUGCGAAGAAGGAACGGUUCAUCUGUGGGAUAUAAAGACGGGCGCGCAGAUUGGAUCGCCACUUGAAGGCCACACGAACUGUAUCAACUCGGUCGCAUUCUCGCCAGAUGGUCGCCAGAUUGUCUCUGGAUCUGAUGACGCAACAGCGCGGCUGUGGGAUGUAGAGUCAGACACGCAGAUUAUGUCGCCGCUCCAAGGCCAUACGAGUUGGGUUAACUCGGUUGCUCUCACGAGAUAG